AUUGUGACAAUUAGACGCAGAUUACGGAGAUUUUGUAUAAAUUCCGUUUAAUACUCGAGAAAUCUAGGCAAAACUGUCGGUACAUCUCCAUGUGUCAAGUCCAGGACACGCGUCAAACGAGACAACGAUUUUACAUGCCUGCGCAUUUUAGCCUCCUCGGUACCACCAAACCGACGCUCUGCUUGUCAAAGGACACUUUCGACUCCCAUCCUCCCUCACACACAACUCAGUUCUCACAGUCAAUCAACACCUACCUUAAUCGAAAAUGGUCUCCCCUGACUACUCUCGGUGUCAAGCUUCUCCCAUGGCCAAACACACAGUACGCAACAAAGCCUCUGCCUAUCUCGCAGAUGGCUUCCUCUUCCUAGGCGGUGCAUUUCUCGCCGUCUUGAUCUUCUGGUUUUUCUGGUCCUUUACAAGCCCCAGUUCUGACCCAAAUCUAGGAUUUGAAACCACGCUCACCGAAUCAAAAACCACAACCGAAAUGAACUGCCAACAGGGUACUGUAAAGGAGGACAUCACUCGCGACCCACCCGACGAGACAUUCUACGACGAUCCAGAACUCACUUAUUCACUUGGGAAAUCGAUUACAGAUUGGGACGAGAAACGCAAAGAAUGGCUGAAGCGCCACCCGUCGUUCAUUAAGGGAGCUCGUGAUCGUGUGGUUAUGGUGACUGGAUCGCAGCCAUCUCCUUGUAAGAACCCAAUCGGCGACCAUAUGCUUCUGCGUUUCUUCAAGAACAAGGUCGAUUACUGUAGAAUCCACGGUUACGAUAUCUUUUACAACAGUGCGGUGCUGCAACCGGUGAUGAAGUCGUACUGGGGCAAGCUGCCGGUCGUUCGAGCGGCGAUGCUGGCUCACCCGGAGGCCGAGUGGAUCUGGUGGGUUGACUCAGAUGCCUUGUUCACCGACAUGGAGUUCAAGCUCCCAUUCGAGCGUUACAGGAAUCACAACCUGGUGGUUCACGGGUGGGAAAAUCUGAUAUACCAGAAGAGAAGUUGGACGGCUCUGAAUGCCGGUGUUUUUCUUAUCAGGAAUUGUCAGUGGUCCAUGGACUUCAUGGAUGUAUGGGCCAGCAUGGGCCCAAUGACCCCAGACUAUGACAAGUGGGGCCAGAUUUUACAAUCAACGUUCAAGGACAAGCUUUUUCCGGAAUCAGACGAUCAGACGGCUCUGAUUUAUCUGCUCUACAAAGAAAGAGACAAGUACUGGGACAACAUUUACUUGGAGGGAGAGUAUUACUUGGAAGGGUACUGGGUGGAUAUAGUGCCGACGUACGCCAACAUCAGCGGGCGGUACGAUGAGACGGAGAUGGCGGCGCCGCCGUUGAGGAGGCGACACGCGGAGAAGGUGAGCGAGCAAUACGGUGCGUUCAGGGAAAAGUAUCUGGAGGGAGCUGGAAACGGAAGAGGAAGUUGGAGGAGGCCGUUUGUCACGCAUUUCACGGGUUGCCAGCCCUGCAGUGGGAACCACAACAAGAUGUACGCUGGAGAGACGUGUUGGAAUGGCAUGGUUAGGGCGCUUAAUUUCGCCGACAAUCAGGUGCUGCGUAAGUAUGGGUUCAUACACCCGGAUUUACUGGAUUCUUCCACUGUGACUCCCGUACCGUUUGAUUAUCCAGCUUGAGAAGUCCAUGAUGGUGAAGUGAUAUGAUUUAGAGUGGUUCAAAGCCUUCCCUACACGGCGCAAGUGGAGAAUUAUGCAUGAGAAUUUGGUAUAUCAGGCUCCUGCAGAUAUUAGUUCAUAUGUAAUUUUUUAAAGGGAGAUUAGUUAAUCUAAGCAACUAGCAAUUACUUAAUGUGGCCCACUCCUUUCCUGCUUAAGAAUAAAAUACUACAUUGAUUCCA